ACCCUGAUAUACGAUCUCUUUCAUACUGUAAAUGCUCUUGUCAGUCUGUCGCCGCAGGUAGUCUCGGCUACGACAUGGCUAACUCGCAAGUCAACACAAGUCGCAGUUCCGCUCGCACAUGAUGCAGUGCCGUAACUUCGAAGACUGGACUAAUUUCGACGUUUCGAGCAAUAGGUAGGCCAUGCAAACCCGAUCCCCGGAGCACCGUUGCUUGUCCUCCUCUUUCUAAUCGCCAACCGCCACUCAAUCGGCAGCUUGAAACGAAAUCCGUCGUAUGCUCUAUCCUAUACUGAGUAGUCUGUUGGACGACGUGCAAUUUGGCUCCAUGUCGACCGCGCUACGUGACACGCGCACAUACAAACCCAUCAUGUACAACAUCGAGACUCUCUAUCGAGAGAUGGCAAUAACCAAAACAUCCCAUCCCAUCCAUCGCUAUCUAUCAUCCACCUAUCAGACUCCCCCCGCCCAGCCUCAAAAAGCCCCGAGCCCGAGUCCGAGCCUGCCAGCCAGCCCUACUAGUCUAGCCCACGCUACCUCCAACGUUGCGGAACGGCAAGUACGUAAACGGCAUCCCGCCCGGCCCCCAGUUUCCAUCCCACCACUACCAUACCACCCACCGCCGCUGCUGCUGCUGCUACUAUGGAUGGUCGGCACUUGGAGGGUCCGGCUGGCGUGUCGCGCUGCUACUCGCUCUAGGGGGGGUAACCGGAAACACUUGGGCAGCCGGUCGGGCUGGACUGGACUGGAGUGGGCGGGAGAAGGGGGGCGGGAUGAUGGGAGGUUGCGUAUGUUAUGAUCAAUGGCCGAAUGAAAGAUGCAGUAAUUGCGUGGGGGGGCAACGUGUGCAGCGUAGAGUGCUGAGAGCGGUUGGGGUUGAUUGGGUGGAGGGGAUUUUGAGGGGUAGGACAUGGGCACGGACUCGGGGGUAUGAGGGAGUAGGGAUUGGAAUUGGGG